ACGGCGGCGGAGCUGCGCCCACAGCGAAGCGGCCUCGGCGGCCCCGCCCGCGCCCGGCUUCAUGCACCGCCCGCCGCCGCUCACAGCGCCCGGCCCCGGGCAGCGACCGGAACUCCGGGGAAGGCAGUAAAUGGCGAAGGAACGCUGAGGGAUCGGUAACCGCCCCUGCGGCGAGUCAGAAAGGCCCAAGCCCGUCUGCUGGGGAGCAGACCGCGCAGAACUGGGGCGGCAAACAGCGCUAAGAUGGAAGAUCGCGAUCAGAGCGCAGCGGCUCAGCGACCACCGGCGGCUCCCGCAGACGCCUCCCCCAAGAUCCUCUGAGGCGAAUUGCGCAAGCUCGACUCGGUGCGUGCAUCCCGGGAGGCCCGGCAGACACGCGGGCCGGCGUCAUCCCGGCGGCAUCCCGCGGUUCCCGGUGACAGCUCUGCGGCCGCCAUGUCGCACACCGGCAGCAGCGGCGACUCCUCGCCGGACUUGCGCCGCCGCCGCUCGGGCCGGCCGCACGCGCUGGAGGACACGGCGGAGGCGGAGGCGGUGGGCGAGAGGCUCCGGCAGGUCGACAUCGGCGAGGGCGACGACAGGGAGCACAACAGGAUGAUCCGCAGCCAGUAUCGGGAGCUCAUCUCCACCGUGCAGCAAAAUCGAGAAUCCAUGCUAAAUUCAAAAAGCAACAGGCUGACAGAAGCUUUGGAAGAAGCCAACAGACUUUUUGAUGGAGUUUGCCGGGCACGAGAGGCUGCACUGGAUGCCCAGUUCCUUGUCAUAGCAUCCAAUAUAGGAAAGGAGAAGGCCAAUGAGUUACACUCAGAGAUGUCAGCAUUUGAUUCAACAGCAUUUGCAGAAGACUUGCUGACCUUCAUGGGUAUAAAUCGCACAGAAGUGGAAGAAACUAAUGACUCUGAGGACGUUCCAGCUGAUUUUUUACCCAGUCAUGCCUGGCAGAAAAUGGGGGAAGAAGCACUCAAGUACUUCAGGAGAGCACCUACUUUUCACUACAUGAUGGGAUCUUUCAAGUCUGAGUCUCCUGUACGAAAGCAACGGAUUGAGAGGCAGAAGAAAGCUAGCAGAGGGAAAGCAGAACGGGCAAUGCCUGCUCAGUUAAAAGAAAUGGAGCAGUCUCAUCAAGAAGCUACAGAAAAAGAAGUAGAGAGGAUCUUGGGAAUACUGCAAACUCAUUUUGAAAAUGAUCCUAAUACACCCAUUUCCUUCUUUGAUUUUGUGAUUGAUCCGAACUCGUUUGCACGGACUGUGGAAAAUAUGUUUCAUGUGUCCUUCCUUACCAGGGACGGUCUUGCAAAAGUAGAGCUGGAUGAAGGUGAAUUGCCAAUAAUAGAGCCCGUAAAACUCAGCGAGGGAGGGGAGGAGGACAGCAGAGCUGAAGCACGGAAGCACCUGGUCAUAAGUCUGGACCCAAAAGAAUGGAAGGAGAUCAUAGAAGCAUUUCAGAUAAGAGAAGCCAUGAUUACCCCUCUUCAUCAGAGCACCGAAGAAGAAAUGGAGACAGAGUAACUAUCUAUUCAAGUGCCUUAAAGAAAAUACUUCAGGACAUUUGUUCCAGCAAUUGUUUUAUAUUUAUAUGUUGUAAAAUGAAAUAUAUUUUUUCGGGAACAUCUCAGUGUUUUAUAUGAGCUGCUUUGUUUUGAGCGAUGGAAUGGGUUGGGUCAGAAGGGACCUUAAAUCCCAUUUAGUGUCACCCCUGCCAUGGCAGGGACACCUUCCACUAACCCAGGUUGCUCCAAGCCCUGUCCAACCUGGGCUUAGACGUCUACUUUGAGGGACUAUGGGGCAGUUACAGCUGCUCUGGGCAACCUGAGGAAGUUUAGACUUGUCACAGAAUUCUUUAUGUAUUAUGGCUCAGUUUGCUACUUGAUAUUGUGAAGUACAAAGCUGUGUUUCGUGUCAGGUACAAACAGGCAACGUGUGUGAGUGCGAAACGUGUGGACACCUGUCACAGACAUUUCUUUUAUGAAAAAUCCUCUCAGGAUUUUUCCUGCUGAAGCUGAGAAGUUCAGCAACAAGAUGUAAACAAUAGGUUAUCUGCUGCUGUGGAAUGCAACAGGUCCAUCUGGAUUGGCCCAUCUUGGAUGUUUUUAGUUAGUGGCCAAUCCAGGACUGAAUUCUCUCAGACAGAGUCAGAGAGAGCGCCUUUGUUUUCAUUCUUUACUUUUCUAUUCUUAGCAGCAGCUUCUGAAAAGCUCUCCUGCUUUUUCUUUUUAGUAUAGUUAUAGCAUAUGUAUAUAUCAUGAAAUAAUAAAUUAAGCCUUCUGAUAAUGGAGUCAAAGAUCUCGUCUCUUCCUUCACCCAAAAACCCUUGUGACAACUGUCACAAUUGGUGACCCCGACUGAAGAGGAAGAAAUUUAUCACUUGGUGAGACCACCAGAGGAGCACUGCUGCAUUUGGGAAAACCCCGAAUAUGUGGCACUGAUGGUCAUCUCACAGGUGACCACAGAAGUGGAUUCUAGCCAGGAGCUGAAGAAGUGAAGAUCCUUAUUUGGACAGAGUUCACAGCAAGGCUGACCACAAAAAGGACCUUUUGAAGCCUCCAGGAAGAUGCCCAGCAGCCUCGAGCAGCAGCUGGCCAGAGCGUGCUGGACGCUGUCGCAAGGAACUGUUGGCUUUUCUCUUCCUGAAAAUGCAGCCCUGUGCACAUGGUGGCUGCAAAGGUGGACGAGUUUUCCCACUGAGGCCAAGGUCCGUUUCUCUCCCUCAGAGGAGAGACUUAUUGCCCUCUGGCGCAGAUGGGGUGAAGAGGAUGGAAUUCUCCUGUUGGAGAAAGAAUGCUAUGCGUUUUUUCGAUGGGCAAAGCUUUUUGGAUUUUUCACGAAUGUGCUCUAUGCCUUUGACUUGUUGACAGAGUUGGAGAGAGCUCCUUUGUUUUCAUUCUUUACUUUUCUGUUCUUAGCAGCAGCUUCUGAAAAGCUCUCCUUCUUUUCUUUUUAGUAUAGUUAUAGCAUAUGUAUAUAAAAUAAUAAAUCAAGCCUUCUGAUAAUGG